AUGGAACAUUUAUUCUCUCCGUUGAUGUACUUACCUGAUGAAAUACUUAUGAUUAUUUUAAGCAAUUUGCACAAUAUGGACUUACUUUAUUCCUUAAUAGGUGUCAAUAACCGACUCGAUCAAAUUGCACGUGAUCCCUAUUUUACUACUCAACUUGCAUUAAUCAAAUAUAAUUCAUCGCGUGUUCUUACAUCUUCGUUAUCGGAUUUAGUACUUCAUCGAUUCUGUUUACACAUAUUACCUCAAAUUUGUUAUAAAGUCAAAUGGUUCAAACUCGAAACAUUAUCUAUGGAACGUAUUCUUCUUGCUGCUAAUUAUCCGAAUUUAAAUCGACUUGAUAUUCUUAUUAUGGAUCAGGAAACUGAUAUAAAUCUCUUUAAUAAUGAAUCUCCUCUAGCUCACAUCUUUCAAAAUCAAAUUAAGACAUUGUCUAUCAGCGGCAGGAAAUCCAUACACGAUGUAUAUCCAAUAAAUAUGCGAGGAAAACUCUUUUCCCAUAUCUUCAUUAUGUUCACCAAUCUUCUUUAUUUAAAAUUCUAUCAAUCAAAUAUUGGAACAACAUAUAUAUCAUUUAAUCACCAAUGUCCCGAAUUUCUUUCUUCAACACUGGUAGAAUUGCAUAUUAAUGUGUAUUAUUUCGAUGAUUGUCUUUAUCUACUUGAUGGUCGUCUGCAUCAACUACGGUCAUUGUCAAUUAAAGCCUUUCAUAUUUUACCUCUUCAAUCAUCCAUUAACCAAAAGAAUGAAUUGUCUGAUUUAAGAUGUUUUUCAUUAACAUGUGAUAAUAAAACAUUUGUUUAUAAUGAGGUCAUUAAGCCAAAUCUUCAGCGAAUGUCAAAUCUAGAAAAGCUGGCUCUAUAUCUUGUGAUCGAUUACAAUGAAGCAUUUAUUGAUGGUAAUUAUUUGAUGAAAAGUAUUAUCAGUCAUAUGCCACACUUAAACGAAUUUAUAUUUAAUAUUCGUUCAAUCAUUUUCAUUAAUAAUCUAGCAUAUUUACCAUCAAGCGACGAUGUUCAACGUUCAUUCAUAAAGUUUGACAAUCAUAAAAUUAUCUCUUGUGUUGAUUAUUUUCCAAAAGAGCAAAUUGGACAAUGUCAUAUUUACUCAUAUCCAUAUACACCGAUAUAUUAUGAAAAUCUUACUAAUAAUUUUCCUGGUGGAUUAUUCAAUUGUGUGAAAAUAGUCGAAAUAUUUGAUGAACGCCCUUUUGAACAUGAAUUUUUUAUUCGUAUUGCUCAAGCAUUUCCAUUUCUGCAAGACUUAACUAUAACGAAUAUGGAAGCUCAACAGCAAAAAUCAGACGAUAGUAAUCGACAUGUUGCACUUAUUGAAUAUUCUUAUCUUGCUAAGCUUCAUCUUCUUUCUAUUCAUGAUGAUUAUGCUGAACAAUUCUUAUUGGAUACAAAAACGUGUUUACCAAAUAAUAUUCACUUAAUAAUCGAUUAUGACAUAUUGCAACGUGUAACACAGAAUUUGACAAGGGAUGCAACGCGAAUCAAUUAUUCCAAAGUGGAAAGACUUUCAGCUCAUCAUAAAGUAGAUUUAUCAAAAUAUUUGUGA